UUUAAGCCCAUAGCCGCUAAAAAAAAAAUAAUAAUAAGUUUUUGAUUCUCUCACUUUCCCGAGAAAAAAAAAAAAAACCAAGUUUUUCAGUCAGAAAACCAUGCUUUCAAGAGUGAACGCCGGUGUCGUUUGGAUGGAAGAUAAAGAAGAUGAAGACCCUGCUUCAUGGAACAGAACUAACAACAAAAACAACAAUGGUGUUAUAAUGGAGAACAAAGAAGAGAUGGGUUCUUUAUCUACGUUCAAAUCCAUAUUAGAAGAAGAAUGGUACGUAUCAAACAACAGUAUUUCAAGCCCUCAAGAUAUCAGAGACAUUUCAUUUUCUCCAAAUCUUGGUGACCAUCAGGAUAAUCUUUUGCUGCAUCAUCAUCCAGUGGAUUCUUCCUCUUCCUGUUCACCAUCUUCUUCUGUUUUCAACAAUCUUGACCCAUCUCAGAUACAGUAUCUUUUGCAACCAAAACCAAACUUAUCUUCACUCCUUAAUGUUGUUUCUAAUAACCCUUUAGUCCAUGGGUUUGAUCUGAGUGAAAUUGGGUUCCUUGACAACCAAGCAACAAAUUCUACUACUUUGUUGAGCACGGGAAAUGCUGGGGUUUUGGGUAGUUUCACUGAUUUAAGCCACGGUAGUCAGAUAGACACUUCUAAUUUGUGUCCCGAGACUCAGUUUUCGAGUUCUCGGAUAGUUCAUCUACCGGAAAACGGUGUCAGGUUUGCGGGUUUUCAAGAGUUUGAUGACAAUCCUGGAAAUGCUCUGUUUUUAAAUAGGUCUAAGUUGUUAAGGCCACUAGAAAGUUUUCCCUCAGUAGGAGCUCAACCUACUCUGUUCCAGAAAAGGGCAGCUUUGAGGAAGAAUUUAGCUGAUAAUGGAGGGAAUUUCGGGGUGUUAGGUGAAGGAAAGGUUAAUGCUUCGAGUGGAAUUGAGGGAGAUAAAAGGAAGAAAGAAAUGGGUGAAGAGAUUGAGAAGAGGAAAAUUAACAAUAGAGAUGAUCUAGAAGAUGUGAGCAUUGAUGGGUCUGCCUUGAAUUAUGAUUCAGAUGAGCUUACUGAGAAUAACAAGGUGGCGGAAACUCUUAAAAAUGGUGGAAAUACCUCAAAUGCAAACAGUACUGUUACUGGAGGAGAUCAAAAGGGUAAAAAGAAAGGGCUUCCUGCUAAGAAUUUGAUGGCUGAGCGGCGCCGUCGAAAGAAACUCAAUGACAGGCUUUACAUGUUGCGGUCUGUUGUUCCAAAGAUCAGUAAAAUGGAUAGAGCUUCUAUUCUUGGGGAUGCAAUUGAGUACCUGAAGGAACUUCUGCAAAGGAUCAAUGACCUCCACAAUGAACUGGAGUCAAACCCUCCUAGCUCUUCACUGACACCUACAACCAGCUUCCAUCCUUUGACACCAACUCCAGUUACCUUGCCCAGUCGUAUUAUCAAGGAUGAACUUUGCCCCAGUUCAUUACCAAGUCCAAAUGGGCAACCAGCAAGGGUUGAAGUAAGGCUGAGAGAAGGAAAAGCUGUAAAUAUCCACAUGUUUUGUGGCCGCAGGCCAGGUCUUUUGCUCUCCACAAUGAGGGCUUUGGACAACCUUGGGCUUGACAUCCAGCAAGCAGUCAUUAGCUGUUUCAAUGGCUUUGCCAUGGAUAUCUUUCGAGCUGAGCAAUGCAAGGAAGGGCAGGACAUCUAUCCAGAGCAAAUCAAGGCUGUACUUUUGGAUUUGGCUGGCUUCCAUAACAUGAUAUAGGUUUCUUCAGCAGGUGUAUCUGAACUAUGAACAGACUUGAAUAUCCAAGAGAAAGCAGCAAUUGAUUUUGUUUCAAGCGUGUAGAAGUCUAUUGUAUCCACCAAAUCAAAUUAUAGAGUGAGCAACAUGAGAGCUUUAAAUUAGUUUGAACAGGUGAGAAACACCCCAUCAACUAAAAACUUUUGGAAGAAUUGAAAAUCUGUAAUCCUGAAGUCUUUUUUCAGCUUUUGAAUCAACCUCUGCUCUUAAUUUCUCUUUGUUGUUUAGAUUUUUAGUCAUUUAAUGAGGAUAAGCCUCUCAAUCUCAAGACUGCUGCAUUUGGAAUACAAUUUGAACAAACUCAGUUCCCCCUAUAACCAGCAGGGUGCUCCGUUACUGGUGGGAAAAACUGUGGUCAGAUUCUUUCCUAAACUAUUUAGACCUGGUAAUUUCAUGUAUUCGUAUCGUAUAAAAUAUAAAAAUUUGUGUAUUCAUAUCUUAUAUGAAAAUUGCGUCUCAUAAUUCAUCUUAGUACAGAAACAUUGGUUUUGUUAAAACUCAUAUAUAGUUAUUGUUAAAAUUUUAAGUCGUGUCACAUUCGUAUAAUAUUUUCGUAUCAUGUUCGUGUUGUGUUAUUAUAAUGUGUUUUAAUAUUUUACAUAGUUUAACUAGAUAAUAAGACUUGAAAACCUCUAAACUUUUUUUUUUAAAACGUGUUUAGGGGUAUCUUAAGUCUUGUCUUGAUCUAAUCCUCUCCCUAAACAAUUUUAAGAGUACAUUUUCUCAUUGGUCGGGUGCAUUCAAAAUUUUACUUUCGUAAUACCUCCCGUGAAUAUCAAACCAUGGUUUUGCAAACUCAAUUAAUCCUUGUGAUUGAACCUCUUACCUUCAGGGAUUUGGACUGAAAAUACUUAAAAAUGCACAUUGUUUUAAUCCUAGAUGGAUAAGCAUCUGAGUCCCCAGAAAAUUAAGAAAUCAGAUUUUUUGUCAAACAAUACAAGUGAGAUGAUUAAAGAAGGUAAUACUUCAUUAUCCUUUUAAAGACCUUAGGAAAGUUGACCUUUUUAAUGAAUUAUGAAAGUUAUGAACAUAUGUUGUUGCAUCAUUUUUGGACCAAUGUUACUUUCAGUUCUGAAAGUCAGGAAGUGGUCGGUUGGUAUAUGAUGGUGGCUUGUUUAAGCUAUGGUAAUAUUGUUAUCAGACUCCCUCAACAAAGCCAACUUUCUACAUUGCGCGAAACUCUCUACUUUUGUCUCAAAUUUGAACAUUUUGGUCAAAAGUUAGAGUUUGAGUGAACAUAUAAACCUUGUCACAACAAAAACAUGCUAUGCACCUUUAACGUGGAUAAGCUCUCAAAAUAUUUACCAUGUCUCCAAAUUAGGCUUUUUAUCUUCAAUGCAUGGGGCCCUGAUGUGAUUUGCUCAGACCUGAGGCUCUGUACCUUUCCCACUUGGUCUUGUUGGGAAGACGUUAAAAGUCCAAAACUUUGACAUUUUCCGAGCAGAAAGGAUAAGUCCAGAAGAAAGAUACGUUGAAUUUUUUUUUUUAUUGGAUGCUGAUUUAUUCAAAGACCCAACCCCAAACUCGGCCGGCUAACAUUGGACAGGAAUUGAAAUUUUACUGUUAAUAGUCAAAAAUCGAUUGCUCACCCUUCAGGCAUUUACCAGGCUGCUCGAUACAAUGGAUCUGGCUCAUCAAAUAUAGUGGCGUUGGUGAUCACUUUAUCAGGUGAAGUUUCCUGGAAACCACCGAUGCAGUCCUAAUGGCAAUCACUUUCUGGUAAAGUUCUGCCAAACCGCCAUAUCCAUCAGUUUCUCAGCCCAGAUAAGACCAAUCUCUAUCUUUCCCGAUUUGCAAAAUCUGCUCAACCACCCUCGAGGCAUGAGAGGACAAAUGGCAGAAAGGUAUUUCCUUGAAUUAUCAAAGAUUAGAAUAUCCCAACAAGUCUCCAAAAUUUUUACAAAAACAGAAGGAUCUAGAGCUUAUAGAUCAACAGAUUGCAGCAGAU